CAGUCAGUAUUCAGUAUUCACUAUUCAGCAGUAUUCCGUAUUCCGUAUUUCAGUAUCGAUUGAACAGCCGCGCGUACCCCAUCGAAAUCGAGGAAGCGACCACGCGACUACGCGACGAGAGAGCGAGCGAGACGGACGACAGGCGACGACGAGACAGCAGAGCAGCAGCAGACGGCCAGAAGGGAAGAAGCGAGGAGCAGAGACAGAGACAGAGACGGAAGAAGCGGAGACGGAGACAUUGAGCGCCUGCCGCCCCCUCUUUUGUAAUAAAUAGCGCUGUGCGAGGCGACCACAGUACCAAACGGCAAGAGUCCGCUGAGAGCGACGCAACGCAACGCAGGCCACAAAGGCCCGCCCCCUCCGCCCCCCUCCGACAGACACUACAGAAUAAUAACAACAACAAAUCAACACCAACACACACACACACACAUAAAGCAACACACCCACAGUCACCACCCCCCUUGAACGAAAAGGGAGAACAGUGAAACAGCUGGAACAGAAAAAAAAAAACCAAGCUGACCAAAACAAAAGCAAAAAUUAGCCAUUGGCCAAACGGGAAUUAUAAAAAAAAAAAAAUCUGAAAAUUAUUCACACUACGCGUUCUCCAUCAAGUGCCUUAUAAAAAAAAAAAAACACAACCCCCAAUUCAGAUAAAUUCUAAAAAACCAACACAGUAAAUAUAAAUAAUAACAACAAAAUUCCAAUGUGAUAAGAAACCAACACUUAUACAAAAUCGCAAGAACGCAAACGAAUCUAUAACAUUUCAUUUUUUUAUUUGUUUUUUUGAAGUGUCUUGUUUAAAAAUCAAAGAAAUGAAAAAACAUAAUUAGACCUCAUCAAAAACAAACCCCACAGACGGCAAACGCGUAAAUUAAGAAAAUCGAAAGGAAAAACCACAACGUAAAAAAGUAUCCAUAAAUCUAUAUAUACCAAAAACUCAUAUAUAGAGACCUAAAACAACGCAAAUCCAGGAAAAGCAGAAAAACAACAGAAGAAAGAGCAGACAACCGAGGAGAACGAGAACGUGAACCAAACAACAACAGCAACAGCAACAAAAACAACAACAACAACAACUAAAACAAAGACAGCAGAAAUGGCAACCAAACAGCCCAGAAAAGUGGCCCCCGAUGGAGGUUGGGGAUGGGUGGCAUGUUUUGGCGUUAGUUUGGUCAACCUGGCCACCCGCUCCAUCGAGCCGUCGUUCGGGCUGCUCUUUGGAGACACCCUCAAGGAUCUCAACGUGGGCACGACGGGGGCGGCGAUCAUCAUCAGUGCGCUGGACGUGUGCAUGAACUUCUCCGGACUGUUCGUGGGACCGCUGCUGAAGGAGUUCUCCUACCGCAAGGUGGCCAUCGCGGGAUCGCUGCUGUGCGGCCUGGGCCUGGCGCUCACAUCGCCGGCGACGAGCAUGGCCCACAUCCUGAGCACCUACUCCGUGAUCAACGGCAUCGGCGUGGGUCUGUCCACAUCGGCGGCCUUCGUGGCGCUGAAUCACUACUUCAAGCACAAGCGCGGCCAGGCGGUGGGACUGUCGAUGGCCGGGACGGCCAUGGGUAUGCUGAUCAUGCCGCAGCUGGUGCGCAUCCUGCUGGAGGCGUACGACUUCCGGGGGGCGGUGCUGCUGCUGGCGGGCGUGGCCCUCAAUGCCACGGUCGGAUCGGUGCUGCUGCAGCCGGUGAAGUGGCACAUGAAGGAGGAGUUCGACGACGAGGAGCUGAUGUGCAUCUCGGCCCUGCCCACCCCGCAGCCCCAGCUGACGGUGGGCGGCGGAGCAGGUGGCGCGGCAUCAGCUGGCGGCGGCGGUGCGCCCGAGUUCAAGGUGAUCAAGGAGGAUGGCAACGAGGAGGACGCCCUGCCCGAAAUGAACACCUUGCUGUUCCACAAGCACAAUCCGCACCAGCAUUCGAUGCGCAAGAAUUACUCGGAGAUGGCCAUGAAUACGAUGAACGGCAACCGGUUGGGAUUGCCGAAGAGACCGACCUUUCCGCGCAUCAUGUCGCUGGCCGGCGUCCAGUCGGCUGCCCAUGGAGCGGGCACGGAUUCGGGCGGCUAUACGUCGCAGGCGGAGGUCAAUGCCACGCAGCUGCGCUGCCGCAAGGCCUCGGUCACCUCGAACCUCUCCUACAUGGACUUCACCGGCUCCAUUCUCCAGGUGCAUCUCAACACCGGCGACGAUGAGUUCGAGCAGAACGAUCGCGAACUGCGACGUGUUGGCACCGCCACGGGCAGCAUUGUCCUCGGCGGCCAUCGCGAUAGCUUCAUCAAGAUGAAGCCCACCGAGCUGGACAAACAGGCGGAGGCGGCUGCCGCCCUCGAUGAUGAGGCGAAGAAGAAGGCCAAGAAGGCGGGAUUCUGGCGGCGCUUCGCCGAUCUGCUCGACAUUGAUAUGCUCAAGGAUAAGAUGUUCCUCAAUCUGCUGUUCGGUCUCUCCAUUUUCUACGUCGCCGAGAUGAACUUCAAGAUGGUCACCCCGUUCUUCUUCGCCAAUUUGGGUUACCAGAAGGCGGAUGUCGCCUUCUGCCUCUCCAUCACCGCCAUCACGGAUAUCGCCGCACGGAUAGUUCUGCCGCCGAUCUUCGAUCGCACCACCAUCAAGAAGCGCACCAUUUUCCUCGUGUCCAUCAUCUUUGUGGCCCUCACCCGUUCGAUUAUGGCUGAGCAGACGGACUGGACCCAGUUGAUGGUGUGGCUGUCGAUCUGCGGCUUCUUCCGAGGCUCCGCCCUGAGCAACUUCACCCUGACCGUAUCGGAAUACUGCUCCUUGGAGAAGCUGCCCUCAGCUUUCGGCUGGCAUUUGGUGGGCAAGGCCCUGUUCGUCAUCACAUUUGGACCCCUCAUCGGUCUCAUUCGGGACGUGACCGACAGCUAUCCGAUUUGCAUACACACUCAGAGCGUUUGCAUCAUGAUUUGUGCGCUGGCCUGGGGCAUCGAGUACCUGGUGGAGUUCAUCCAGUCGAGGAGACGUACCGCCGAUGCUGCCCAGUUGCCAACCCAAGAUGCCACGACGACGACAACAACAACAACAACAACAGCGACGGGUCAGCAGGAUGUGAAGCUGUAAGGCUGAAUGGAACAGGAACCAACGGACAGGAGAUGGACCAGCAGAUCUACUUUAGGGAAGACAGUCUCGCCGCGGGGCGGAGGAUCUCCUCCAGCGAGUACCCAACUUUAAAAUAUAUACUUAAGUGGGUCCUCCAUACACAGAAAGAAAAAGGAUCGUCGUAGUUUAAGAAAGAAGUAUGUUUUUUUUUUUUUAACGCCACUACGUUCAAGUUUCAAGUGUUGGGGGCCCCAAAUCCCCAAAAAUGUAUUAAAACUCAAUUUAGUUAAGUCAUUUUUAUCGUUUGCGCUCCUUUUUUUUUUUGCAAUAUGUUAAGUGAGACUUAAGAUCUUGGAGAGACAUAAUCACGAACACUCCAUAACACACAUAUAACCAUAACUAGGUAUACAAAUGAAGGAGGAGUUGUCAGUUUUAGUUGUAUGAAUCCAUUUCUCAACUGCUACCAAGGGGGUAAAACAAAAAAAAAAAACAAAAAAACAAAGAGUUCCCCAAAAAGUGCGUUUAAAUUCCUAAUGUCAAAAAAAAAAAGGGAAAACCAAAAUUGAUUCGCCAAGAUUAUUCAGAUUUUUUGUCUCUUAUGUUUCGCCUUGAAUUGUUCUCUCUUUUGUUUAUUAGUGAACUUGUAUGUGAUAGUUCAAAGAUAGUUUUUAAUUUAGGGGUUAAUCUAUACUUAUAGAAAUACUUAUAUCUGCAUCUGGAAAUGUAACGAUGCGAAAACAAAAUGAGAAGGGAGUGUUGAAAAUUGAUCGGCUUUAAAAUGUACCUUAAGAGCGAUGUUAAGCAACGACAAAACAACUAUACUAUACUAUACUAUACACACAUAAAUAAAACACACUAUAUAUCAUUUA